CAUCGCAAGCAUUUGUUUACAAAUCAGUAUCUAAACAAUGGCAUAAUGAUUUGUACGAAAAAAGCCAGUCAGCAUUUGACUUAAGGAUCCUAAAGAUAUCAUUCAUACGGUUUAUGCUGACAAAAUCAUUGUGAUCUAUAAAACUAACAGAAUGAUGACUAUAAACUUGGCUACAUGUAGCUGUUGAUAGCGUAUACACUGUUAGCUGUUAAUGAUUAAAAAGUAAAGGAUUUUUCAUUGUAAAUCUAACAGAAAAAUCAACGAUAAUUAUGUAUUUUUGCAAACAUGAUUUCUUUUUUCCAUAUAUUUGCUAUGUCAAAAACAAAUUUGAUAAAAAAAAAAAAACGAUUAGUAAACAUUCCUUCGAAGAAAAGAAAGCGAUCCUUAACUAUGCGGUAAAGUGAACAAUAACAUCUCUGUAUCGAUACAGGAUGUCAUGUCGACAAGUGAAAAUAUAAGAUAAUGUUAACGUCACCGAGGUAGAAAAUGAGUGAAUGCAGUGUUUCUUAAUAAAGUUAAAUAGUGGUAAGAAACUUGAUAUCGAACUGGAAUAUUUUGUCGACAAAAAAUGAGGCAGGGAUUCGAAUUCCUUUCAUUCUUACAUGUAGUAGCUGUGAUUAUAUUUCAUGCUCAAGACAGCUUCAUUGACGCUCUUUCUGUAUCCAAUGGUGUAAGAAUAAGCCUGAAAGACCAACGCAUAAUCACUCACGAAGGGUCAACAAUACAAUUGAGAGCAACGAUAAUCUCAAAAAGAAAUGAAAGCAUAAGUAGCUGGCAUUGGUUCCGUAAUGAAAGAAUGAUUCCCAGCAAUAAAAGAUUUGAGAGCCAGGUGAUAAGUAACUACACCCGGGCAAACGAGUCCUACAUCGUAAUUACUAUGGAUGUUAAAAGUGUGAAACUUAUUGACACAGGCAAUUGGACAAUUAAAGUGAUGAGUGCCAACAAUCAUACAGUUUUUGAAACAGCUUUUGUUACAGUUUUCAGUCGACCCGUUCUAAAAGCACAGAGAAGUACAUUGGUUAUAAAAGAGGGUUCUCCGAUAUUUCUAGUAUGCUUUUGGACAAACAAUUCGCAUGAAACAGAUUUCCCGGUAAUAAAUUUCAAUCCGUCGUCUACUUCACAACUUGGAGAUUGGAUACUCACAGCCACAACAAAUAAGUUUUACUCAGUGUUCAUGAAACUUAAAUCGGUGGUGUCUGACCGAGGGAGUUACCACUGCUACAGUAAUCGGAACGACAGUGUAUUUACAAGUCAAUCUAGAAGAAUUGAAGUGAAUAUAUAUACUGCAGAUGACAUAGUAUGCCAAUCGAACGUCGACCAAUACGGUAUAAACUGGCCUGACACAUUUGGAAACACAAUAUUGAAUGGAUCUUGCCCAUAUGGACAAAACGGAAACUCAUCACGUUUCUGCACUAGUUCUGGAAAGUGGAAUUCAACAGACGUUUCCUACUGCUAUGAUGAUAACCUUGAUGUCAUAUCAGAGAGGUUAGAUGAUAUUGACGCCGAGUUAGUUGAUGGUACGGCAGACGACACUAGCGUUAGUGAAGUAAUUAACAGUACCUUAACUGAGACGGAGGUUGUUACUAGGAGAACAAAUAAUCCUGGUGAUCUAAACAGAACAGUGAAUAUACUGGAGAGAGUUGUACGCCUUACAAACUACAGUGGAAGCAUGGUCAACAAUUAUAAACGGUCCUUUUUCGUAACUGUGGACAAUUUGUUAUCUCCAAGAAAUGAGGAUGCCUGGACUCAAUUAUCAGAGAGGCCUGAUUUAUCUUCUGCUGAACUUGUGAUGAGUUUGGUAGAUAGGUUCAGUGUUUAUGUCCGACAAGGGAGACGGAAUUCCAACAUUAGUGAUAGAUUUAAUGGAAGCAACUUUGAAGUGAAACACGAUUUACUAGAUUCAAUACAAGACAUCACUUUUCCUGAAGAGACUUCAGAAGAAUCGUUUCUAAUGCUGCCUCAGCAGGAUGUAAAUGUUACAGGAAAUUCUUAUACGGCCGUUAUAUACAAAAGAAUUGCAAAUAUACUUCCUACAAAACUGAGCAACUCCUCAAAAGCUAGGAUGACCAUGAAAGCGCCUGUUGUCAACACACCAAUACUGUCAUUUACACUGAACACGGUUCCUGAUAUUUUGUCUCCUCCACUGACACUUACAUUUUCACCUAUGAAUAAGACAGGUGACAUAUCGUCCUCAGUUUGUGUCUACUGGAACUUCUCCUCAAGAAAUGGACUUGGAGGCUGGGAUACAGAUGGAUGUGACCUUACACAAUCUACUUCCAACAAAAUUACCUGUCAGUGUAACCAUCUUACAAAUUUUGCUGUUUUGAUGAGUUUGGAUACAGAUGUAGCAGAUGCAGAAUUUCUCUCUACAAUUUCUUUGAUAGGAAGCUGCAUUUCAGUUAUAUUUGCAUCAUUGACUGUGAUAAUGCAUAUCCUAGUUUGGAGAUAUUUAAAAAGUGAAGUGGUCAUCUUAUUGAUGAAUCUAUGUGUGGCAUUGUCCAUCUCCUAUCUGCUUUUCAUCGUGGAGACAUAUGCAUCAGUUAAUGAGAUUGCCUGCACAGUAAUCACCUUUUUCCUGCAUUCAAUGCUACUGGUCAUGUUUAGUAUGAUGCAAUGCAUUGGUAUAUAUUAUUUCCGGAAUAUUGUCAUCGCUUCGAUUUGGCUACGUCUAGCGAAUAGAUUUUCAAGAAGAUCAAAUAUGCCCUUGUUUAUGGGUUUCGGCUGGGGAAUACCUUUUGCUAUAUCUUUAACAACGCUUGGAAUAUUCUUCCACCAAACAUAUCAUUUAUCAAACCACUGCUGGCUUUCUGUUGAGACUGGGUCUAUUUAUUUCUUUGUUGUUCCUGUUUGUCUGGUGAUAUUUAUAAAUUUCAUUAUUAUUCUGGCUUUAUUGAAAGUGUCGUUAAGUCGAAUGAAAGGAUAUGCGACACAGACAUCACAAAAUCCGGAAACUAUAGGCAUUUCAGCUAAAGCCCGAAUGGCUUUGAAAAACUUUGGAGUCCUUGUUCCAGUUCUUGGUGUUACCUGGGUGUUUGGAAUUCUAUCGAUAAAUGAAAAUACAGAAGUUUUCCAAUAUCUCUUCACCAUAAGCAGUUCUCUACAGGGUCUUCUUAUUUUCAUCAUACAUGUUCCUUUGAAUAAAAAGUUACGAGAUGCCUAUAAAAAGAAGUUCAGAUUCCUGGAGACUUCCUCGAGCAGCCACAAAUCCACAGGGUCCAGUAAUCAGACAGCUGAACAGAAGAUAACCACAACUGUACAAAUGUCUCAGGUAUCAGACAAACCGAAAAAACAUGAAGAUGUAGCUGGGGAUGGAAUGGUCCGAAUCUCAAAAAUCGUCAACGACUGGACACCACAAGACCAGGACAGUUGUGAAGAUUGCAGGCAAAAAAAAGCUAUUUCAAGGACAAAUGAACCGUGCAGCAAUUCGUUACCUGUCUCUGAAGUGUUUAAUUCUCUUUUAUAUAUAUAUAUAUAA